GUGAUACUGAAGCAGUGAAGAUGUGCUCAACAAUGGCCGCCGAACGAGCGAAUCCAGUGGCAGAGGAGCAGGUGUUGUCCUCGUGGGAGGACUUUGAUCUACUUUCAGAGGAUUCUUUCAAUGCAGCAACUCAUGACGUUGAAAGCGUCAAGAAUGACGCUUCUACUGGUGGGGGUUGUGAUACUUUCGAGGAAGGAGACGUUGAGCAACUGGGAAGGCUGGCCAGCUCUGAUUUGCCAGUGGAAGCUGGUUUAGUGCCAGCGACAAGUACUGCUCCGCAUCAUGUUCGCUUAGAAGCUGAGGUCCUCUCGGAAGAAACGCGUUUGGCUCAAGAAACCCCCCCGACUGGAUCUGGUUUGCAGCAUUCUGUUGGGACAAGCUGUAACCCUCUAGGUCCAGAUAGAAUUCAGUCUCCUUCGAACGAGAAACCUUUUGAAACAUCCAGACACAGGCAAUUGCAAAAAACAUCUGCCACCUCUGCAGAAGAAGAAGGUUCAGGUACAACUGUUCACGAGCAUGGCAGUCUACUUGACCUGGACUUUGAUUCGGUGUGUCGCUGCCUGGAGCUACUUACGCUCAGAGACGUUUGCAUGGUGGCGCAAUGCUGUAGCAGGAUGAGAGAGGCCGCUUACAACGACUCCGUAUGGCAAGCCCUCUUUCGGCGCGAGUGGCCAAGCAUCCCCUUCCCCCCGGCCCAGCCAACACCCCCAGCAUGGCGACAUCUCUUCUUCGACCGAUGGAAAGCUUGCCGCCAAUUCCGCUUCCAAGAUCCUUCCGUGUCAAAGUGGGCCUGCGAGGGGUUCUCUCCAGUCUGGCAGAUUGCUAUUAAUUUUGACCAGAGCAUAACUUGUCUAACCUGUGCGGAGCUGAGCACUUGGACAUUUUCGGACAAAGAGGCCCCCGUCCGAAAUGUGUCCAAGCACAAGCGAGCCUGCAAGACCGGGGAAAAGGCUCUGAUGGUCCCAAUAGAACUUCCCAUGUUAGAUCUCCGGGGGUGCCCUGCUGUCUCCGUAGACAGUGGCUUCCACCCUGUAAUGCUGACCUCAGUAAGCCUUUCUGCCGGAGCGGAAGAAGCAGGACGCCUAAACUCGCCAAUUACCCCAACUCCAUUCGAGGUUGGUAGAACAAAAAAAGGCGAACGAACACCAAGCUCUGAGGCGCUAGCACCAAAAGAGCACUUUUUCCUGGUGGCGGAAGAUAAGGUCCGUCUGUACAGCAGCCUUAGGGGGUGCUGCCGCACGCUCUCGACCACCCCCCCAGAACGGGUUCUGGCUCUGACCGACAGGGUUUUGGACUUGCCCGCUGGAGCACCUGAGGCAGUGAUUGCAACUGGGGGGGAGGAUAAGGUGGUGCGACUGUGGACGCUUGGGAGCCGCAGGAAAGGGGAGCAGCGACUGGUUUGCACUUUGCGGGGGCACGAGGAUGCGAUUGUCUUUCUUAGUGUGGCAAGGCACGACCCGUCCCUGCUCGUCAGUGUGGGCAGUGCGGGCACCGUCAAGCUGUGGGACGCUGCGUCCGCCCUCGAGCUGCGGGGAGCGACUGCAGGCGCUUCCAAGAGCUGUCUUGCCACGUGGAAGGUUCUCGGGCCGACAGCUGGCCUGGCGAUGUGCGGCCACGUGUGCUACGUCGCUGGGAAGACGGCUGUGACGGCCAUCGAUCUAAGAAGCCUGCGCGUUUUGGGUCCGGUCGCUUCCCAUGCCGACCGCAUCUCGGCUAUGGCGCUGAACGCCGCAGGGGACAGGCUAUCUACGGGGACGACUAGCGGGUCCGUCUUCCUUUGGGAUCCCACGCUAUCCGAUUUCCUGGCGCCCAAGCCCCUCGCGGAACUGACGUCACAUUCGGGGCCCGUUGCGCAGAUCCUCAUCGAUCGCUUCAAGGUGGUCACGCGGACGGACUUUGAAAGCAGAGUCCACGUGUCAGCCGCCGACACGGGGGUUCCAAUCUGCUCCUUCCCUCCGGAAGGCGACAACUCUCUGCAACUAGAGUGGCGGGCCGACAAGCUGCUGAUGACGAUGCGGGGGCCGCUUUUGGUGCUGGGCAAGCUUCAUAUCGUAUCUGCUGAUUUCAGCAGGUCUAGGAUAGCUUAUGAAUGUGACGAGAAAAAGGAGGAAGAGCAGGGCAGCGGUGACGACCUGGGCCGAUUCUGGGAGCGACACAGUGACGACGUAGAAGAUGAUUCCGACGCGGAUUGACUAGUCAAAGAUUGCUUUACAAAUGCAGCGGCAUGAAGCAAGCGAAGGGGAUAAUCGGAGACAGGUGCAGCAAAGUAGACUACAUGUUUCCUGUACGUUAGUAGAUGCGGAUCAUCAGAGAUAUACUACAUACCAGGAUAGCAUGGAAUCCGUCGCAACCAUCCUGGAUCAUAUGGUAUUGGACUCAUUGCCGGCACGCGGACUCAUUUGCCGGCGUCACGAUGAAAGGAAAGCGCAUGGACCGCAAGUGUCAAGGCUGGCUGAUUG